AUGGCUUUUGACAUCCAGUAUGGAUGGGACUCUCAGAAUCUGGGAUGUAAUUUUAGAAGUGAUCAUAGUGCUCCUCCUCUAUGUAUCAAGUUCUAUGCAAAUGGGCGCCACAUCUUAUCUGCUGGUCAAGAUCGAGCCUUCUGUCUCUUUUCUGUUGUUCAAGAUCAACAAAGUAGAGACCUUUCCCAGCGACAUGUUUCUAAAAGAGCGAAGAAGCUUAAGUUGAAAAAGGAGGAGAUAAAAUUGAAGCCUGUUAUUGCAUUCGAUGUUGCUGAAAUUAGGGAACGUGAUUGGUGCAAUGUGGUUACAUGCCAUAUGGACACCCCGCGUGCUUAUGUAUGGAGGCUUCAAAAUUUUGUUCUUGGCGAGCAUAUUUUAACUCCAUGCCCUGAAAAUCCAACUCCAGUCAAGGCUUGCGCUAUUAGUGCCUGUGGAAACUUUGCUGUACUAGGGACGGCCGGCGGUUGGAUUGAGCGGUUUAAUCUUCAGUCAGGAAUCAGCCGUGGCAAUUAUGUUGAUGCGUUAGAAGGUGAAAGUGCUGCUCACAAUGGGGAAGUAAUUGGCAUAGCUUGUGAUGUGACAAACACCAUCAUGAUAAGUGCUGGAUACCAUGGCGAUGUAAAAGUUUGGGACUUCAAAUGUCGCCAGUUAAAAUAUAAGUGGGAGGUUGGGUGUUCCUUAGUUAAGAUUGUGUUCCACCGUUCUAAUGGUCUUUUGGCUACAGUGGCAGAUGACUUAGUUAUCCGUCUAUUUGAUGUUAUUGCACAGAGGUUGGUUCGUAAAUUUGAGGGUCAUACUGACCGUAUUACUGACAUGUGCUUUAGUGAGGAUGGGAAAUGGCUUUUGACAUCCAGUAUGGAUGGGACUCUCAGAAUCUGGGAUGUAAUUUUAGCUAGACAGAUAGAUGCAAUACAAGUUGAUCUGUCUAUCACUGCAUUAUCUUUAUCGCCUAAUAUGGAUAUCUUGGCCACAUCGCAUGUUGACCAAAAUGGUGUCUAUCUGUGGGUCAAUCAAGCAAUGUUCUCUGGAGCAGCCAGCUUUGCAUCAUAUGGAAGUGGAAAAGAAAUAGUCAAUGUUAAGAUGCCGUCUGCUGCUUCUGAAAAAGAUGGUGACAAAAGUGAUAACAGGACUAUCUUUGAGCCAUUGGAGUCCUCUGAUACUUCUCAGUUUCUAAAUUCCAGCCAUCAAAUUCCAGAUCUAGUCACUCUUUCACUUUUGCCUAAGAGUCAAUGGCAGAGCUUGAUCAACCUGGACAUAAUAAAAGCCCGCAACAAACCUAUCGAGCCUCCAAAGAAACCUGAAAAGGCACCUUUUUUCUUGCCUUCAAUUCCAUCUCUGUCCGGUGAGAUAUUAUUUAAACCAAGUGAAGGUACUAAUGAGGAGAGUAAUGCACAAAAUACCAGAUUGGAAGAGAGCAGUAAGAAAACGGAUCUUCCAGUAUCCAAAUUCUUGCAAAUUCUCAAGUCAUGUGCGGAGAAAGAGAAUUUUGCACCAUUCACUAAUCAUAUCAAAAGCUUGUCUCCUUCAAUAUUGGAUAUGGAGCUGCGAAUGCUUCAGAUAAUAGAUGACGAUGACGAGCAGGAGCCUGAGAAGAGACAAGAAUUGCAUUUUAUUGAACUGCUACUUGAUUACUUUAUACACGAGAUUUCAUGCAGAAGCAAUUUCGAAUAUAUACAGGCUCUGAUUAGAUUGUUUUUGAAGAUUCAUGGUGAAACAGUCCGACGUCAGUCAAAACUGCAGGAGAAGGCAAGAAAGCUUUUAGAAGUUCAAUCUGCAGUUUGGCAAAAAAUAGAUAAAUUGUUCCAAAAUACCAGAUGCAUGAUCACGUUUCUUAGCAACUCCCAGCUUUGAUUAAUUUCAACGUGACAUCCCUUAGCUGUUGUAAUGUAAUUGCAAUUUUGUUUUUUUUUUCUUCUUUUUCUUAUAGGUAUAUUUUAUUAAAACAAUUUCACUUUAAUCCUAUUUUUACAAGCGUAAUUGCAAUUUUGUUUUCUUGG